UGACGUUUGGUGGUUUCGGUGUGGAUGGGGUCUGGAAGCGGUAAACAUGUCAAUGCAAGGGAUGGAUGAGCCCGAGGAGUUACUGAAUCCCUCCCGGGACCUUCCCUGGGACCGCUUCUCCGCCUGGCUGCACUGUAUCUGCGUGGUGGGCUUUGACCUGGAGCUGGGCCAGACCGUGGAGGCGUUAUUUCCUCCAAAUGCUAAACUAACAGAUAAAGAGAAAACCAGUAUCUGUUAUCUUUCCUUCCCAGACUCAAAUUCAGGUUGUCUUGGAGACACUCAGUUCUGCUUUAGAUUUCGUCAGUCGGCAGGCAGGAAAUCAUCCCUGCACUGUGUUCUCGAUCAGACCGACAGAGAUUCACCUGUUUAUUUAAAGAAAGAUCCAGCCUGCUUUUAUGGUUACGUCUAUUUCCGACAGGUCAGAGACAAGACUUUAAAAAGGGGCUAUUUUCAAAAGUCCCUAGUUUUGAUCAGCAAACUUCCAUACAUCAAUUUUUUCCACACUGUGCUGAAGCAGAUCGCUCCUGAGUAUUUUGAGAGAAGUGAUCCCUGCUUAGAAGCAGCAUGCAGCGACAUCGACCGAUGGGCAGAACCUCUGCCAGGGAAGAUAUUAAACCUGCCAAUUAUGGGAAUUGUAAUAAAGGUCCGUAUUCCAACAAGUUACGAUAAACCUGGAACAACGCAAAUCUUGGAGCUCACACAACCGUCAGAUGAGCACAUCUCUGUUACUUUACCCACCAUUCACGAAGUGGAUAUUUUCAGAUGCUUCUCUCCAGUCUUCUUCCACAUCCAGUUACUGUGGGAGCUAGUACUACUGGGCGAGCCUCUUGUCGUCAUGGCGCCCUCCCCUUCACAAUCAUCCGAAACCGUUUUAGCUCUUGUUGGGUGCAUUGCUCCUUUGAAGUAUUGCAGUGAUUUCAGACCUUAUUUCACUAUCCACGACUCUGAAUUCAAGGAAUAUACCACACGCACUCAGGCACCGCCAUCUGUCAUCUUUGGAGUUACAAAUCCAUUUUUUGCUAAAACCUUGCAGCAUUGGCCCCACAUUAUCCGUAUUGGGGAUGUCAAGCUUGCAGGAGAUGUUCCAAAACAAGUAAAGGUUAAGAAGUUGAAAAAUCUUAAAACCUUGGAUUCAAAGCCAGGUGUUUACAGCUCUUACAAACCGUACCUGAACAGAGAUGAUGAGAUUAUCAAACAGCUGCAGAAGGGUGUUCAACAGAAGCGUCCAUUGGAGGCCCAGAAUGCUAUUCUACGAAGGCACUUUCUAGAGCUUACCCAGAGCUUUAUCAUUCCUCUAGAACGCUAUGUGGCAGGGCUCAUGCCGCUUCUAAAAAGCAUAUCUGCUUGGAAGAGUCCUCCACAGCUUAAACCCUUCAGCCAGGAGGAGUUCAUGAAAACCCUUGAGAAAACAGGACCUCAAUUAACCUCGCGCUUAAAAGGGGACUGGAUCGGACUUUACAAACAUUUUCUGCGUUCACCCAACUUUGAAGGUUGGUUUAGGCUACGUCGGAAAGAGAUGACCCAGAAACUCGAGGCACUUCAUUUAGAAGCACUUUGUAAUGAGGACUUAUUGAUCUGGGUGCAGAAACAUUCAGAGGUUGAAGCAGUAGAUUUGGUUUUAAAGCUAAAAAGUAAAUUGGUGCAGGCAGAGAGAGAGCAUCUCCCAGUAAAAGCAGACACUUUGGAAAAGCUCCAGGACCAUGUAGAUACGAUCAUUCAGGAGCUUCCCGAGGAUCUGCGGGGGAUAUUACUCAAAACUAACACAUCAUGAAUGACGACUGGGCAAACUUCAUGAAGACACAAGCAUUAACAAUGAACUAAUCAUGCUCAAAGCACAACCACUGUUCGCCGAGGAGAAGUCAACUGCCCUUGGCUAAGCAAUUUGUUUCUGGCCUUCUAAAUAGAGAAGUGAUCACACGAAGGUUCUUGUGGCUGCUUGCAUAUCUCUCCUGUAUGAGCAAGAGAAACACAGACUAAAAAAACAAGCAGUUACAGGAUACAUCUGUUAUCAACUUCAUCUUGUUACAAUAUGAAGACAUUAUAUCUAACCUCAAAAGGAAGAGGCAAUAUAUGAUAAUGUUGCCUGUAUGUAGAGAAAGGGGUCUCUUUAGACCCUGCCCCUAAAUAUAUGAUGUGUUAAGUAGCUUAACAAUAGUUUAAUAACAGAGGAGGACAUUUUGGAUUCUCUUUUAGUGGUUGCAUGCAAAAAAGAACAAACCUUUUAUCCUUGUUUAAUACGGGCAUUACAUGCUAAUGGAUGCAAAACACCCAUCCCCCAGAGCUUGCGCUCUGUCGGUUGUAACUUCAUUUAACAAUCAUGUUCAAAAGCAUACAAAGGACAUCCAAUUGUGGUUUGAAGAAUACUACUUAGUGCCUUUUAUUCUACACACGGAUCUUUUCUGAUAUUUCUUAAUUUGAACAGUUGGAUGUAAAGGCAGGAGUACUUUGUUACUCGAUAUUGGAUGAGAACACAAUUCUAUUCCUUAAGAUGCAUACCAGCAGAAAUAAUGAAACUUAAUAGAUUGUCCAUUAAGGACUUCUGCACGUUCUGUAAAUCCCCUCUUAAUUGUGCAAAAUAUUUAUUUUAAUGUAUUUAACAUGUGCAGUCUCUAUUCUCCCGUUGUCCAUAUUCCAAGUAAAUGGCAUAGUUCAGCUUUUUGAAUGAAAUGCAUUUCUCACCUUUCUGGCAUUUGAAAGUUUAAUUUACAUGGAUUCUGCCAGGCUGGUUCAUCCAUCCAUGGAUAUAUGCACAGACACUUACAAAAGGUGCAUACAUCAUCAAAUUAUUACAAAAAGAUUACGUGACUUUACUACUGUCCGAUGAAUACUGAACCCAACUGCAUGUACUGAAUUAUGGCCACUGGAAAUUAAUAUAAAUUGUAUUGAUUAUGUAAAUGUCAUAUUUUUUUUAUGAUAGCCGUUUGGUUUCCUUUUGUUUGCCAGAAAGAUUUGAAAUGCAUGGAGUUAAAAUAUGUUGUGCCCCCAACUGUGGCACUAAAUGAAUUGUUUUUCCUGUUGCUCUUAUGUAUAUACAUAACUCUAAUUCUAGUUUUCUGCUGCACAAUUCUAAAAUCUUCAAUUUAAAAAAAAAGAAGACACUCUGUGCACUUACACACC